GGCACACUAAGAAGGUAGGUAAAAUAACCACGGAAAUGCGGGGACAGAACCGGCAGUAAGAAAAGCUCGCAGGCGUGGGCGUGGGCGUGGCCGACUGACCAAGCAACCGGGCAACUGGCACUAGCGGUACAGAUCAAGAAGCCAAAAGCAGAGACGUGUAGAGACAAGAGAGGCGGCAGAGCGGCAGGAGAAAGUGCGGGAACAAACCCCAUCUGAUCUCGCGCGCACCAUCCGGACCGCCGGAGCUGGCCGAGGCCAUGAGGAUCCGCAAGCGCACGCCUGCCAGGGCCGCCUCGCCGGGACCGACGCGCCACCGCGCUGAAUCCCCACCGCCGCCUCCCCAGCAGCUCAAGGAGAGACCCCACGAGGAGGUGGAGGAGGAGAAAGCAAGCCUGCCCGUCGGAGUCGGAGGGGAAGAAGACCCGGUACCAGCCGCCUCCGAGAGAAGCGCAACGGGCGUUCAGAAACAGAAACCGGAUUCAGAGCCGGCCACGCAGGGCACCGGCACGGCGGCGCUGCCCGCGAGGUGCACCCGGAACGACGGGAAGCGCUGGCGCUGCAAGAACGAGGCCGUGCCGGGGUACAUGCUCUGCGACCGCCACAUGGCGUGGUCGACACGCAGGCGGCGCAGGCCCAGGGCCAGCAACAAGAAUCGCAGCGGCCGCGUCUUCGAGGACGAGGACAGCGGAGAGGACGAGGCCAGGAACAAGCACGAGGCGGCCAUGAUGGAGGCUAGUAACCUGCCAUGCGACGGUGGCGGCGACGAGUUCAUGCAGCGGGCGAGGAAUGGUGGAGCUGGGCCCGCUGCGUGAACCAGCUGGGCGCGCGCUGCUGUGUUGAGUCUCUCAUGGUUGCAUCGAUUCCGCACACCUACCUUUGCCGCAUUGAUCGAUAGCUCUUGCUUUUAUUCCUUCACAACAGCUUAAUCAAAUCCACUACAGCCAACUGCACAGGAUUCACAGGCUAUAUGUGGUGCCCCCCUCGAAGAAAUCUGAGACCUGAUACAACACUGAAGAAAUCUGAGACCCGAUGGAACACUGUUUUUUCUUUUAAAAGCAAAUGAUCAUUCGUACACGACAUUCCUGGCAUUGCUUCUGCCCGUAUUUUUCUUUUCUGUUUCGCUAGUCAAGUUACAUUGUGAUUCAUGCACUUAACGUUGUAAGGGGGUUGCAGAUAAGAUUUUUUGGAUGCAACUGAUCUUUUCAGUUGAAAGUAAGGCUGCAACUAGAAAAAAUAUCUAUGGAUUGUUAGAUUUGAUUUA